AUUCAAUCAGUUGAAAGCAACAUCACGAGAGCUGUGACCUAUGUUCAGAAAAUAAUUUUACAAAACUUAUGUUUUGUGACUGCAAGUCAUUCAUUGCAGUACAUAUUAGCAUUGCAUUUUACCAGUCAAGUACCUUUUAAGUCUGAUAUUUUUGUGAUAAGUAUUAUAAAGGAAUUAUUUGCAGAUAUUACAGCGAAGUAUCAACGGUCGGACUUUAAGCAUGUCGGUUGUACAUGGUACGAGCUUCCAGAGCGUUUCAAACGCUGAAAAUGAACAAUUUCAAAAUGGAAAGACGACGAAACGUGAUGUUUUGACAAACAAAGGUUCAAAUGCACUUGUUCCAAAACGGACGGCACUCGGCACCAUCACGAAUCAAAUAAGAGUUCAACCAUCCCGUGCAGCAAAGGGACAAAGUGAAAAUGCGUCGGCGAAACAAAAGUCUUGCUGUGUUCAACUUGAUACGUUCUCGAUAUUUGUUGAUGAACCAAAGGAAAACGCCACCAAACCAUUGUGUGCAUCAAAUAAAAGCAAUACUGCCCUGAGAGAAAUUCAGCUGAAUAAAGCCUUGACGUCCUUGCCUUCCACAGAGGAAGCUUUGACCUCCUUGGAAUCCGUGGAAACGAUUGCUGAUGAUGAAGAUUUGGCGUCUCCGAUGGUUCUGGAUACGACUCUGGACACCAUAUCGGACAAGACUCCAUUGGAUCGAGAGGCUGUAAUACUUGACGUACCAGAAUAUGCUGAAGAUAUUUUUGUUUAUCUCCAGGAAGCGGAGUUGAAGAACCGACCAAAGCCUGGAUACAUGAAGAAGCAGCCUGACAUCACAAACUCGAUGAGAAGUAUUCUGGUUGACUGGCUGGUCGAAGUGUCUGAAGAGUACAAGAUUCACAGGGAGACGCUGUUUCUUGCCGUCAACUACAUUGACAGGUUUCUCUCCCAGCUGUCUGUGUUGAGGGGCAAGCUUCAGCUCGUUGGGGCAGCCAGCAUGUUUUUGGCUGGAAAAUAUGAAGAAAUUUACCCCCCAGAUGUUUUGGAAUUUGUCUACAUCACAGAUAACACAUACACUAAACAACAGGUAUUGCGUAUGGAACAUCUCAUCCUGAAAGUUCUUUCAUUUGACAUCGCUGUCCCGACGACAAACUGGUUCUGUGAGAGAUUGCUCAAACUCGACGAAGCCGACUCCAAGACAGAAUCUCUAGCUUUUUACCUUGCGGAGUUGACAAUGAUUGACAGUGAUCCAUUCCUAGACUAUGUGCCCAGUGUUUUGGCAUCUUCGGCACUGUGUUUAGCCAACUACACGCUCGGAAGAGAACCAUGGUCGGCCACGUUGGAGCGACACACUGGGUACAAGUUGUGUCACUUCUACAAGUGUCUGGAGGAUCUGUUCAAAACAUUCAACAAUGCUCCCAGUCAUCCGCAGCAAGCCAUCAGGGAAAAGUACAAAGCAUCGAAAUUUCAUGAAGUGUCAACGUUAAGUCCACCAGUGUCGCUGGCUUUGCUGGUGUAAGAUGCGAUUGUUACGGAUACCCUUGUUCUUUCACACACAAAAUUAGUCGACCUGCCAGUCACAGAGCUCAACCAACACCAGACAUCUUGUGACCGAUCGCUUUUGACUUCAUAUAUAUAUCAUUUUAGAAUUCAUCUUAAAAUUUUAACUAGACCAUUAUUUUAACCUGUGCAAUAAGUAUCUUAUGCGUGAAAGUGUGUGAAUGGAAUGUGUGCGAUUGUGUUGGUGAAUGAAUGUUGCCUAUAUGUAUCUUCAGGAUUUAUAAAAUGGCCUCUUUUGGAGGAGAUAUAUUUUAUAAAAAAAAGUAAGUUUUAAUAAUACUGUACAAUACAGCUUGCACAAACCAAUAUUAGAGUUGAAAGGUUUGUGCACUGUGAUUGACGUGUGUGUGUGGUAAACACACAAAAUGUACUUUUUAAUCAUGACAAUUGACUGCCGACGAGUCUGGUGAUUUUGACACGACUGCUUGACAAACUUGUAAAUAAAUACAGAUCAACUGAAUUGUUAUUAGCUGAUAACCACUUUUUACACACAACAUAUUUAUAAUUGUCCUGUUUUAAUCUUGUGUUGCUCCAUUUCAUUUUCUUUCUUUCUGCUUCUCUCUUUCUCAUCUCUUGUAUGGUUUCAUUGUUGACUUUAUUUAUUUUGUUUCGAUGCCAAAAAUAAGUGUGCUAAGUUUUCCUGACUUUCUUCUGUUUUUUCUCUUCUGUCAUUCCGUUCUGAUGUGACGUCGAAUAAAUGUCGGCGUAGUGCUGCUUACGGUGCAUGUGUACAGGUAAAUUUCUGAUCAUGCCAUUUUAAGUGAAAUAGUAUAUUUUUAGUAUCCUUGUAUUUUAGCAGUCUUUUAUGUAUAACAUGUACAAUUAACAAAUAAAGUGUAUAAAGUUG